GCUCUUCUGGGAGGCAGCCAUGUGGUGAACAUUGAGCACAGUGUUUUCCCCUGCUUCUCUCCUUUUCAGACAAGCAAAAUUGUUCUAUGCUGCCGUUAGAUGUGAACUCCUUCCUGCGCUGCCUCCGUCUCCUCUUCACCAGAGACUCAAAGGCCUGAGAUACUGCUGAGAUCUGAAAGCUCUCACUGAAUCCGGGUGGAAUAUGGACAAGGAGAGGAAUAGCAGAAGGGAAGAAAGAGUGAAGUUGGCUAUUUUGCUGGCACAUGGAUGCAGUUACACUCAGUGCAUUCCAGAGGCGUUCCUUUGAAUCCUGUGCAGGUCUGCUUGCUGUUCCUGGGAGAAAGGAAGAAAAAGGGAAGAAAAGUCCCUCUAGCCUGGAGACGGAAUGUCUGCACUUCCAAUCCUCUUUUUAGCUUCCUGCUCUGUUUGGCUGUCCAAGGCUCAGACUGAAUUCAAGAGAGUGGCUGAAGAAAACGUGACUUUGCCCUGUCACCACCGCCUGGGGCUGCUGGAGCAGGGCAGCCUGGAUAUUGAGUGGCUGCUGCACAUCUCCGAAACAGUACAGAAAGCGGUCAUCACUUACUCUGGGGGCCACGUUUAUGAUGACCUGAAUGAGGAACAGAAAGGGCGCGUUUCCUUCACAUCCAACUUCCUCGCUGGAGAUGCAUCCUUACAGAUCAUAUCCCUGCAGUCCAGCGAUGCGGGGAAGUACAUUUGUAAGGUUAAGAAUGCUGGGCAGUACGAAUGGGCUCGCAUCACCCUGAAGGUUGUAGAAAAGCCUUCCAAGCCCAAGUGCUGGCUAGAAGGGGAGCUGCUGGAAGGCAAGGAGCUGUCCUUGCAGUGCCAUUCUGCUUCUGGCACUGCACCCAUCUCCUACCGAUGGCAGCGCAUAAAUGAGGAAGACAGAGCUGAGCAUCUCCCUCCUACAUCAAGAGUCAACAUUUCUAAUCCUGGGCAAGUCCUACUGAAGAACCUUACACAGAUGAGCACAGGGUUAUACCAAUGCAUUGCCACCAAUGAGGCUGGACAAGAAACCUGUGUUGUUCAGGUGACAGUGCAGCAUGCACAAAACAUCGGCAUGAUCGCAGGAGCAGUUUGUGGUGUGGUCGUGGGGCUUUCCCUCCUCCUCCUCCUGGUGAGGCUGACCAUAAGGAGGAAAGAAAAGAAGAGAUACGAGGAAGAGGAGGCACCAAAUGAAAUCAGAGAAGAUGCAGAGGCACCCAAGGCCCAUCUGGUCAAGCCCAGUUCCUCUUCCUCUGGUUCCAGGAGCUCCCGUUCAGGCUCCUCCUCAACCAGGUCGACAGCCAACAGUGCCUCCCGCAGCCAACGGACUUUGUCGACGGAAGCUACUCCCCAUCUAACUCCUCCCCAGUACAGCCAGAGGGAGGCAGAAGGGAAAGAAACUGAGCCCAAGAAAGUCGACUACACCAACCUGAUGAAGAUGGGAGCCACGCUGGUCAUGGUGCCAGCCCAAAGCCGAGCGUUCCAGACAGUGUGACUGCCCACCAGCUGUCUGGAGACUCCUGCUGUCCAGAAACACUUCACAUACCACCAGCCACAUAGGAAUUGUUAGGUUAGCUAGUUAUCCUCCUGGUCAGCUUACCUUUAAUCACUCGUGAUCAUUCACACCACAGGGAGCCCUCCCACUCCACUCUUUCUUACAUCUUCCAGCACUGAGGUUCUGAUACAGAAUUAUUUUCUUAAGAAAGAUACAUUUGAGGGAAAAAGGAGUUUUCUUUUUAAGUUAUCUCUGUUGGAAAUACACUACCGAGCAUUUAGAAACUACAACAGCGAAGCGCUGUACGAAUGAAGUGAAGCCAAACCUCAGGACUCUAUAAAAGGGAUCAACAGAGACAUAAAGAUGCAAAAUAUUCCAGAGAGGUUUUUGUGGGAAAGUCUCUUGUGGAGAACUUUCCCAAAGAUGCAUUGUCUCAUCUGAAGAUUUUGGGGCACACUCAAAGCAGACUGACAGGCACUCCAUGUCUUCUGCAUUCAGUCUCCUACUGAAGCACUUCUGGAGGCUGUGACUGAAGUGGAAAUGAAAGGAUCACUCAGAACAAUCAAGAGAUGCAGUAUUAAGGCAUGUGUCUGAACUAACUUCUGCACUACAGUGAAAGGACCCUUUAUAUCAAGGCAACAGAGGUGCUAUAAUUGCCAAAUAAACUUACUAUGCACCCAGAGAGAUACGGCCAAGAGCCUGACUCUGCUUGUAUGGUCAGCACUGCAAAGCCACAGUAACUCCACUGCCACUGGAGUGGUACCUGUGACAAAUGAGCCUUAGUGUGAUGAGAAUCGGGCACUGAAUCCAGAAUGAAGGUGGUACCUCCAAGUGAGGGCUGAAAAGCCUGGAUGAAGCAUUUGGAAGCUAUCUUUGCUACUGCCAGGCUGUGAAUUCACCAAGUUUGGGUUGAGCCACACUGUAGAAACUCUUCCCAGGACUGAACAAACAACAUACUUGAGCUGACCUUCAGGCAUCCAGGUAAGACUGAAGGAUGGAGUGACAGAGCACAUCAUGAGGAAAACACACCAGGGACAAGUAAACAAGCACAGUGCUGCUUCCGUUAGGACAUAUUCAUGUGCAUUGUCCCAUUAACACAAAAUGCCAUUUACACACCAAGGAAUACAAAGUCUUACACAUCCAGUUGAAGGCCAGUAGGAAAUGAUGGGAGAUAGGAAAAGGCUUCCUCUGGAGGCAGGUGCAUACUUCUGUCAUAUGUAUUUUCCUCUGAAGGACUUGGCUCUGGCCACUGCUACACGCCAGCCACUGAGCUUGUAGGUUGUACAUUCUUGUAUUCCUGGACUGAUGAUUUGCUAUUAAGAAUAGGGUUGGGGUUGUUUAAUCUUCAUUUAAGGGGGGAAGGUUUUCUCUAGUAUGUGGAAUGAGUCUCCAAGAGAUGGCUCAGCACAGAACCACACAUCUAUCACUCUUUCACUCCAGAGACUAUAAUUAACCUCUUCUCCUAACAGAGACCCAGAAUUCCAUCUUUGCUUGAGAUCUUAGACAAUCUGAUCAAAGCCAGGCCCUGCUUUGGCUGUUUCUGUAUGGGAAACAGUUUUCAAACUUGCUCUAUACUAUCUGAGAACUUCCUUCCCUGAGAGCAGCCACUCAUUUCCAUCACAUAUACAAGAACUCCACUUGUUCUUCCACCCCAGAGUCAACCAGGACCAACCUCUGCAGUUGCUCUUUUCCUGGACCUUGAAGGUUUAAGAACCCUGAAGUGCUUAUAAAGUACUCCAUAGCUGGGAAAAUCCCAAAGACAAUGAGCAGGACUGCUGUAGUAGUUUGUGGCUUCUUGUAUGGUUGCUUUAUUGUGCUUAAUGUUACCUGAGUUGCAUCUGAGGACACUUAUUCUAUGCAUAUAAAAACAGGAGUGCUUUCCUCAGUAACACGCCAGAGCAACCAGAAGCUUAUUACCACAAAAUACAGGUAACAGUUGAGCUGGUUACAGUUUGAAUACCAAAAUGCUGUAGGUUAACUUUGAGUCACUUGCAAUUAGUGACUGCAGCCUGAAGGCCACUUGCUGCUGGCUAGGAUUUGCCCAGCCUGCUCCUGGCAGUCUCUUUCCUAUGGGAACAGGCUGCAGGAGAGAUCAGCAGUGGCAGCCCUCUCCUGGUCGCCAGCUGUCCUGGAGAAGGGAAGUCACUCCUUGUUACAUGAGCUAUCUGUCUGAUUGCAUGGGAUGGGAUGUUUAUGGACCAGAGUGAAAAGGCAGUUGGAAGCAAUCCUUGGUGUGUGGGAUCAUUCCCAGCUGUUCCUAGCCCUGUUGGGAAGCAGGCAAUACAUGUGCCCGCUAUCCAGGCAUGGACAGACUGCCCUGUAUAUAAACCACAUUGGGAAAAGUACUGUGGCCUUCUCCUACCAUGGAACAAAGGUGUGUGGCCCUGGUUAGAAAAUCACUGCGGUGCUUUCGAGACCACACAUCAUUGAUCUCACAGCUGAACACAAAGUCAAUUCUGCACUUCAGGAGCUAGCAUGAAGCCCAAGAGGAAAUGUUCAUUACUCGAUGGGAAUACAAGAACGAGAGCAUUUCAAAGGUGUCUUAGCAUCAAAGGGACACUUUCUCAGCUCCGGAUGAUAGGAUCAGGAGCUGCACAAGGGAAGCAAAUGAACUGUAAGCCAAACUCGAUUUUGUAAAAUAGUGUACUUAAAGCAUUUAUUGCCAUAUACCAGUUAUUAGUAGUGUGAUUAAAUGCAUACGAUGCUAUGUAGCUUUGUUUCUCAGCAGCUAAACUAAGCUUACAUCUCUUCUACCUGCUACGAUUGGUGUGCUUGUACUGUGUCCGAACAACUCAGAGGAAAGCAAAUAUUUAUUAUUGAUUCCUUUGAAUCAAUUAUUUCUUUUAUUUUCCUUUUGUUCAGUUGGUUGUUUUAUAAAUAAAUGUGCUGCAGCUUAAGUGCUACAGCUCAACUAAA